AUGUUGAGAUCCUGUGCAAGCCUCUGUGCUUGUCUCCUCCUCUUAGAAGUGGUCACUGCCUAUCCAGAAAUCUCCGGAUCAUGCUACGGCAUGAUAACCGACAGCCAUCACCCGAACAAUGCCAAGACGCUGGACGGAGGAUUUAAGAUCGUCCUCUCUCCUAUCACCAGCAACGGCACUUAUAAAUCUGCAACGCUAUCCAUCAACGUAGUCCAUGCGAUACAAUCGACCGGCUAUGGGAACUUCAAGGGGUUCUUGUUCAAGUCGUAUGACCUCCUCAACGGUGGAGGCCUCGGAGAGUUCUCCUCGCUACCUCCAUACACGGCUGUCUUGGACUCCUGCCCAGGCAAAGCUGCUGUGACGCAUUACUCAGAAGAAGCAUACUUCAACAAGGACAAGCCAUUGCGAUUCACGAUUCAAUGGCCCAGCAACAAGGAGCUGGGCUUCCAAGCCUUUCUCGUCGAGAGCACAAACACCUGGUACGAGCUGAGGUCCAGCACAAACGGAGACUACCUUCCGGACGACAUCACCAAGCCCCCGAGAGAAGGACCUUUCACCGUGCGGUUGAAUCAGAGCAAGUGGGUCGUCGGCCCGCUGGUGUUCUACGGGCCGAUCCUGCUGAUCGUGAUCGGAGCGAUCCUGUCCCAUCUUACCAAUGGCCCUGGGAAGUUCGGCGGCUUCAUGCAUCGAAAGCUCUUCUCCAAGGUAGGAAUGGUGGUGGUGAUGGUUGUGUUGCUUCUCCGGGCUUCUGGGUCAGGCUGGCUACCAUGGACGUCGCACAAUCCUUCAUCGGUCUCGUUGCUGCUAGAUGACAUGGGGAGAAAUGCUGACCUACCUUCUGCUGAUGGCCUCUCAGCUCCACCUCUCUUCUCCCGUGCGACCGCUGAGACGGUCGCCAGGGCGUUUGGUCGCCUGCUGCAGUACAACCUUGCCCUCACCUUGUUCUUGCCGACUCGACACUCUCUGUGGCCUUCCUUGAUCGGAAUCUCCUUCGAGCGGCUGAUCAAGUAUCAUCGUAUUGUCUCGCGAGUGACGUUCGUCGUGAUGAUCAUCCAUCUGAUCUUGAUGUCCGCGCAAUACGGCUUCCUGCAGAUGUUCACUGUCACAGACACGUUGUGGGGCUUUGGCAACUUGUUCGGAAUGCUUGCUGGGAUCGGCAUGCUGCUCAUUGUUCUGUUCGCGCUCGAGCCUGUCAGGAGGAUGUACCAGUGGAUGAUCAACGUGAAGGUGCAGGAAGUGAAGGUAUACGACGAAGACGUCGUCAAUCUCAAAAUCGUCUGUCCCGCCGUUGCAGAAAGACUGUGGAACAAGGGAGCGCGGGCCAUCGGGUCGUUCGUCAGCAUCGCCUGCUCGGACAUCUCAGCUUCCUGCGCGAGCGAUCAAAGGAGCAGGAGAUGUCGCAGGCAAAUGGCGGACGGAACGUUGGAAGGGAUGGACCUCGGUUCUAAGCCUGUGGGCAUCCAAGUGCAUAUCAAGAGCAUGGGUCCCAAGACAUGGACUCAGAGGCUUCUGGAAGCUGCCAAGAACAAGGGUUCAGACAUUCGAGUGAGACUGGAGGGACCGUACGAUUGUCUUGCUACAUCACCAUCAUUCGCCAUCAUCAUCAUCACUGCCAUCUCCAUCAUCCUGUACAAGUCACAUGAGCUUGAAGCUUGCGGAGUUUCAACAUGUGAGGAGAAUAAGAAGAGGCAGGGGGAGGGAGGGGGGGAAACGAGGGAAGGGAAGGGAAGGGGAGGGAAGGGAAGGAAAGGGGAGGGAAGGGAAGGGAAGGAAAGGAUAGGAGGACAGGUCAUGAGAGUGCUGAAGGUCUUGAUGAUCGCGGGAGGCAUUGGAAUCACUCCGAUGAUGCCCGUGCUGGAGAUGGCGUUGAGUCCGGAGAGAAGGAAGUCUGAGCUGCCAGCAUUGAGGUCCCUGCGUCUGAUCUGGAUCGUUCAAUCUUCCGCGCACCUGCUGUGGUUUCAGGAGUUGCUCGAGCAUGCGUUCAUGCAGACACAGAUGAUGAGCACGGACUUUCAGCUGAAGCUACACCUCUAUGUCACGCAAAAGUCGCAAGUGCUUGUCAAGAUCCCCUUCACCCUCGGCAGACCUCAGCUCUCCGAGCUCAUCCGCAUCGCUGCUCAGGAAAGCUCUUCUCUGCGGCCCACUGGUCUUACUCGAGAGGCCUCAGCUCGCGCAAGCGAGAAUGGCUUCAGCGUCCACGUCGAGACUUUCCGUUUGUAA